AUGUUCAGAGGCAGAAUUUUCUUGGCACUCUUGAUAACAGGACUGGCUGUAAGAGCAGAAACAAGCAAUAGACUGGCGCAGAACCAAGCGGAGCUCGACCAAUACAUGAAUGGGAGCAGUGUUGACUACAACUACCUCGAUGACUCCCAUGAUAGCAGCGAUUACCGUAACGACAGUAGCUUCAGUACAUAUAACGGCGAGGACGUCAAGGUUAUCAACUACCAUGGCAAUCCAUCUUCGCAAAGGGUUGUUGACAUUGCAGUGUUUGUUUCUGACAAGUCAAGGAAGAGAUAUGCCAGUAUAGGCUCGUCGAUUGAUGAUAUUGUAUAUGAUACAGCCAAGGAGUUAGAAGCGAUAAUCAACCAGCACGCGAACUCAGAUGCAUAUGUCUCUGACAGCGGGAUCAAGAAGCAGUUUGUAAUUAAUGCGAAGGUCCAAGCAACAAUGCCUGAGGGUGUCGAUCUAGACAGGUGUGAGGGGCAGAUUGAGGACUUUGAGGACGGGCUGUACAUGGCGACUAAGAAGAGGAAAACAAACUCGCCUGUUGUUCUUCUGUACAAUUGCGACUCAAGCGUGUAUUCUGAUUACUUUGCGAAUGCAAAUCUGAAGCUGCCGAUUAUUUCUCUAAGGCAGCUUCCGAAGUGUGUGAAUGACGUUGCAUCGUUUGCUGAGACCGAGUUGAUGAAGAUCAAGUCUAUUUUGAUGAAUUCCUUUUAUGUUUCUCUGGGGUCUUAUGAGAAUGAUGUGCUGGAGUAUGACGAGAUAGCAAGUGGGGAUGGGAUUCAAAGGCCGUUCCGGCUAGUGGGCAAUCAUAGUCCGUUUUUCGGAGGAGCAUGCUACAGAGAUUAA